CUUCCGUGAGCCCGUGCCUGUCCCGCCGUCCGCAGAUCUCUCACUCUCUCGUAUCGACAAUGAUGUUCAAGAUCCUUGCCCUCGCCCUUCUCGCUGUGGGUCUCGUCAACGGCGCCGGCGAGGCAGCGGCGGAGAGUGCAUCGGCACCCGCUGAAGCUGCUCCCGCUGCUGCGGCCCAACCUGAGCAGGAAGGAGAACCUGCUGAGCCAACCGACAACAUCAUCGACGUUGCCGAGGAAAAUGGCUUUCUCCUUCUGCUCACCGCCCUCAAGGCCGCCGACCUCACCGACACUCUCAAGGGCGACGGCCCGUUCACCGUCUUCGCACCCACCGAUGAGGUGAAACGCACUCUCUCCCUGUGCUGACUGCACCGUUCAUCACUGUGGCUAGUCAUGUGUGGUGCAUGUCUCCUGUUCUGCAGGCCUUUAAGGCUCUGGGGGAGGAUGCUUUAGCGGAGCUCCUCAAGCCCGAAAACAAGGAGAAGCUAGCGGGCAUCCUCAAAUACCACGUCGUGGCGGGCAAGUUUGGCUCGGAGGAUCUCACAGACGGGCAGGUGGUGCCGACUCUCCAGGGCGAGUCGGUGACGGAGACGAUCGAUAGCGACGGGACAAUCAUGGUGAACGACGCAACGGUGGACCCUGCCGACGUGAGUAGUCAACACAGCACACCGCACCACAGAGAGAAAGAUGCCUGCCUGCUGCAGUCAUCUGUGUGGGUUCUCCCUCCCUGUGUGUUGUCAGGUCCCGGCCAGCAACGGCAUCGUCCACGUCAUCGAUAAGGUGCUCAUACCUCCCAAACCCGACGAAGGUGAGGAUGGCGGGUCGCGCCGCUCUCUGCGGGCCAUGUAGAGAGAGGAGAGGCCUUUCUUCCUUCUUUUCUAGCUGGGGCUAGUCAGGGUGUGGGCUCGUUCUUGUCUCUGUUGUUUAUCUCUCUUGUCUGUCUGUCUGUCUGUCUGUCUGCCUGUGUACACGCUGCUUCAGAAGUGGGCACCAUUGCCGAGGUUGCCGCGGCCACGCCUGAGCUGAGCAUUCUCGUCGAUGCCCUCACGGCCGCUGACCUCGUGCAGACCCUUGAGGGCGAUGGCCCAUUCACCGUCUUCGCACCCACCGAUGAGGUGGGAUGCACUGUCCUCUCUGUCCUGACUGCGCCGUUCAUCACUGUGGCUAUCCAUGUGUGUCGCGUCUCCUCUCUGCAGGCCUUCGUUAAGCUGCUGGCGGAGUUGGGUGUGACCUUGGAGGAUCUCGUCGCCGACACGGAGAAGCUAAAGGACAUCCUCCUCUACCACGUCGUUAGUGGCGCGGUUAAAGCGGCGGAUCUUGAAACGGGCCCGGUGAUGACUGUCCAGGGCGGCAAUGUGCAGGUGACGGUCAAGGACGACGGGACAAUCAUCUUGAACGAGGGAACGAACGACGCAACGGUUGUGAUCAAAGACGUGAGUAAUGCACACGCCACACCACACCUCAAGAGAGAAAGGCCUGCCUGCUGCAGAAAUUUGUGAGGGUUCUCCCUCCCUUUGUGUUUUCAGGUCCCGGCCAGCAACGGCGUCGUCCACGUCAUCAGUGAAGUGCUCACACCUCCGACUCGCCGCUCUCUCCGUCAUUAAAGAGGAGAGGCCUUCCGACCGGGGCUAGUCAGGGCGUGGGCUCGUUCUCGUCUGUCUUCUCUCUCUCUCUCUCUCUCUCUCCCUGUCUGUCUCUCUCAGUCUUGACUCCGUGUACCCGCUGCUUCAAGGUCAGUGGGGCGAGUUUUGUCGAGACCAGGUGGUAUGUGAUAAGCGCACCUCUGCUAUGCUCACCACGCCCGCUCGACACGUCCAUGCACAUGAGGAAAGUGAUCGUGUGCAUGUGUGUGUGUGUGUGUGUGUGUGUGUGGAGGGCGGAGAGGGAGCAGGGGGGUGGCACACGCGUAUUGUGGGCUGACCAUUUGUUUUUCUGGGACCCACAGCGACGUUGCUGUGGGUGCGUGGUGGGGUGAGACAGCUGUGGUGAAGUUUAUCGUUGCCCUUUAUCGAUCCAUGUAGUGUCCAUGUAGUGUGUGCAUGCCGUUCAUACUGUGUGCGAGCCCCUGCCUCUCAGAGGCAGUCUGAGAGGCAGGCUCGCUCGCUCUUUAUGAUAGCCACACAUUCAUUCACACAUGGGCCGACUCAGGCCGACGUCUCUCUAAUUCAUCCACUUGCACUGGUGAGUGCAUCUGUGGCAUGUAUAAAGGGGCAGAUAGGGGGAUGAUGGGAUGAUGGAUGGGAGGUCACGCCAUACUUGAUACAUCCAUGAUACUUGAUGACAGAGUCACGUCACGCUUCUCCGUUCACACCCACACACGUCACACCACACACACACACAUUUCCACACUGGGCUCGGUUCGCGACGCACGAUUUUAGCAGAACAGGCACUGGAAGGAUCAUUUGGCACAUGUGUGACGGGCGGGGUUGCGUGAGUGUGCGGGUCUGUGUGCGUGCGCGUGCGGGUGUGUGUACUGUUGGCGCGCGACGCCUGGCAGGCGUCGGCUCCCACAGGCAAGGGACACCCAGGCAGAGAGAUUUUCAGUGGAAUGACGACGGGAGGGCUGCAUGUGUUGAUAUCACACGUGUUGCCGUUACCUGAUCCUUCAUUGCAGAUGUCUGCCAACUUGUCUUGUGAGUGGGGACUGGGCACAGGGGGGACAAGGGCGUGGGCGUAAAGGAAGCGCAACACAUCGUCUCCCGAGAUCAGAUGUGCAGGCCAC